AUGGCAAACCACGGUACCACAAGACCAGGAGAGUGGCCAGCAAACAAGCGACAGAAGACAACGCAUAAAACACCUGCGUUGCCCCAAGUGAUUGUCAUCUCACACGAGCUCCAACCAGACAUGCGCGUGACCGUGUUCGACAUUGAAUUCCACGUCGAUUCUGCCUCCAUGAGAGCUCAUUCGGCUUUCUUUCGGACUUUUCUAGACUCCCCAGACAAAGUUGCACGAGAGAAAGCGGCUCUUGCCACUCCAGAAUCCGCAGCACAAUCCCAGUCAGCCAAAUUCAAGUAUGACUGGGUUACGCAAAUUGAUGAAGAUAAGAGCUCCUGGCAUUUGGCCACAGCCGAGUGGGCAUUGGAUGAACGGUCUGAUUACAAUGAAUUCGAAGGCGACUGGAAACAUCAGCAGACCGUGUUUAACAUGCUCCUCUGCGCGAUUCAUGGCGAGCCAUACUAUCUUACAUACGCUGAGCUCGUGACUCUCGUUGGUUUGGCGGACUAUUAUCGAGCGCUUCCGAUCUUGAGCCGCACUCUUGAUGAGUCGUUCGAAAGAAACCCUUCCUUGGGAGUCGAAAUCGAGUGGCACUGUGUGGAUGCAUUUGUUUUAGCCGACAAGUUGCGACAUGCACCGUUAUUCAGAGAAUGUCUUGUGUAUCUUCUCGGUCCCUGGCAGAACCCUCGGUAUCUUGAGCUGGAAGAUCGAAAGCUCUGGAAGAUCGCUCACAACGCAUAUAACGAGAUAUGUGCUAAGAUCGCUGAUGUACAGGAGGUGAUUAUUCCUGUUUAUUCAAUGUUGUCCAGUUGGGAAAUCAGCCACGAUGAGUUGGAGAGAAUUGCUCGCAGCAGUAUCGACCAGCAUCAAAUGAUAAAUUUGCCUAUGUAUUACAGGAAACUUUCCGACGAGGUGCGUUUUGCUCGGGAUGCAGCAGAGAUAAAAAUGCUACUCAACGACUUACUUGAAAAUAACCUAAAGUUAUCGCCUUUUCGCCUUCGGAAGGCGGGUGAAGACAUGUUAUCUGACAGUUUCUUAUGUGGCGAGAUCGACGACGAUGAUCUGCCCUGGGACUUAGAGGAGACAGACUGGUGA